GGAAAUGCUUCUGUUUGGGUAUUACCUGGUUCUAUUGAACGUGAAACAAGUCAUGGCAGGUUACCCAGUUUGGUGAAUUUAUCCACAGAAGCUUGAAUUCCCCAGCACCCAAGGCCCGGGUGAAAUUUCCAACUCUGGGACUGAAGCAGAACUCAAGCCCUAGGCCACAGAAAAAGGGGCAGGCCUCUGUGGAGGGACCAUCUAACAGGGAUUUCUAACAUUAAGUGAUUAAUUUUAUUGGUCAUUGGCAGUUGGUCAUCAAUACUCAACAUUGGCAACUCAGCCAAUCCUGUGCGGAAGUAUCCCUGGGCUUGUACCUAAGCAGUUGCGGUUUUGCCGUAAUUACAUGGAGAUUAUGCCAAGUGUGGCGGAAGGGGUGAAAAUCGGGAUACAGGAAUGCCAGCAUCAAUUUCGAGGGAGGAGAUGGAACUGCACAACAGUUGAGGAUAAUUUGGCAAUCUUUGGACCUGUUUUGGAUAAAGCAACAAGGGAAUCUGCUUUUGUUCACGCCAUCGCCUCAGCAGGUGUCGCCUUUGCCAUUACUCGCUCGUGCGCCGAGGGCACUGCAAACAUCUGUGGCUGUGACAACCAGCACAAGGGCAAGCCGGGUGAAGGCUGGAAGUGGGGUGGAUGCAGUGAGGAUGUGGAGUUCGGGAGCAUGGUGUCACGAGAGUUUGCAGAUGCGCGAGAGAACAGACCAGACGCACGUUCCGCCAUGAAUCGGCACAACAAUGAGGCAGGCCGCAUGGCUAUUUUGGAUCACAUGCAUCUGAAGUGCAAGUGUCAUGGACUAUCAGGGAGCUGUGAGGUAAAGACGUGCUGGUGGUCACAGCCUGACUUCCGUGUGAUUGGAGAUUAUUUAAAAGAUAAGUAUGACAGUGCCUCUGAGAUGAUCGUGGAGAAACAUCGAGAGUCCAGAGGUUGGGUGGAGACCCUUCGUCCCAAGUACACUUUGUUCAAAGCUCCAACAGAGAGAGAUUUGGUCUACUAUGAUACAUCACCAAAUUUCUGCAACCCCAAUCCUUUGACUGGCUCAUUUGGCACGCGACACCGAAAGUGCAACAUCACAUCACAUGGAAUUGAUGGAUGUGAAUUACUAUGCUGUGGCCGUGGACAUGACACAAGGACUGAGAAACGUAGGGAGAAGUGUCACUGUGUCUUCCACUGGUGUUGUCAUGUGAGCUGCCAAGAAUGCACACGCAUCCACAAUGUUCAUACUUGCAAAUAGAGGAAGGAAGAGGCUUUCUGGGAAAUUGGUGAUGGUCCUGAGCUGAAACAUCUUGCUACAUGUAGAAGAUCAAGAUCUUAAGCCAAGGCUCAUCUUUGUGCCCAUGGAUUGAUCUUACUUUGCAGACAAUGCCUUUUACGCACUCAUAUAGAAAAACCAGUGUUGACCAAAUCUUCACACAGUUUAACCUUGCAGCCUGAUCACAAAAAGUGACAAAAUCAGGAUUGUAAUCUUUAUAGCAUUGGAAAACCUUCUGACCAUCUGACACAAAGAAGCUGUGUCUGAAAGAACAAGAGUGGAUCCUAAGCUCUGCUAUCUAACAUUUACAUCAAAGAAAUAGAAAAACUAUUUGCUCAAGGUCUGAAAGGGAAUUCUAGAAGUGAGAGACAGGCUACCAAUGAACAUUCUGAGUGAAAACAUAGAUCAGAACGACAAGGCCCACUGGGCAGAUGUGGUAGCGUAAUUACUGUGGACCUAUUAAAGCUUUUGAAUAAAUUCUAACGUGGUAGGCUCUCUAAGAAAUUCUGUUUAUGCAAGUGUCUAUUUACUCAUGUUUCUUGAUGGGUUUGUUCAAUUUGUUCAUCUUCAAGAGCAGAUUGUCUACAGAUGUACUCAUGUUGCUCAAUAUCUAAACCAUUUAUUCAGUCAAAUAUGUUGCUUGGUUAUAACAUGUCCUCCUUUAUUAAGUCUGACUAGUAUACAAUGAGAACAUCCAUGAAAGGCAUCUUACAGUUGAUGUGACCUCCAGCUAUUCAGUAAUGUAAGCGUUUUCAUUUUAUAUUUGCAAACAAAACAAGCCUCUCCCAUCUUUGACAUUCUAACCUUUUAAAGUCUAAACUAAUUUUUUUUUUCAUAGCAACAAGCUUUUUCAGGUCUUGAUAAAUCAUCAAGUUACCAAGAUCUCAAGACAAUGCCUUGAUCAAUCAUAGUCAACCUGCCUGGUUUAAAACUCAAAGCUUGUCAGCUGAUUUUCAAUUAUUAUUAACUUUGGCAUUACAAUGGAGACUGCACAUCAGAAUCUACUUGCCAAACACUCGGUGCCCUCUCCACUUGCAAAAUGGUAUUUUUGUGGAUUAUUUAAAUGAGUGUAAGAUGGAAAGC